CCUCUUACUUCUCACCAGUCACUACCCCAUCUCCCAAACCCAACUCAAAACAUGUCUUCAUCUUUCAAGCCCUUGCUGGCUUUGCUCCUUGGUGUGGUGCUUCUCACCACCACCAUCAUCAAUGCCGAUCACCCUCAGCACCCUAAAGAUCAUGGCCACAAGCCACCCCACAAGCACCACCCGGGGAGGCUUCUACUCGAGUAUGAGGAAGAUGAUCACAAGCCGAUCCCCGAACACAAACCGGAUCCGGAACAUGACAAGCCUCCACAUGGUGGCCACCACCCUGGUCACAUUCUUGUAGAAGAGGUUGAAGAUGGCCGCAAGCCAAUCCCAGAGCACGAGCCGCCGAAACAUGAGGAGAAGCCGGGAAAAGGUAAGGGAGAGAAGCCACCACUGGAGCACAAACCACCACAUGGUCACAUCUUUGCUGAGGAGGUCGAGGAGAAGGACAGGAGAAAGGGCGAGAAGCCUCCCCCAAAGCACAAACCCCCACACGGUCACAAUCUUGCUGAGGAGGUUGAGGAGAUGGACAAGCGCAAGGGUGAAAAGCCUCCACCAAAACACAAGCCCCCACAUGGUCACAAUCUUGCUGAGGAGGUCGAGGAGAUGGACAAGCGCAAGGGUGAGAAGCCUCCCCCAAAGCACAAGCCCCCACAUGGUCACAACCUUGCCGAGGAGGUAGAGGAGAUGGACAAACGCAAGGGCGAGAAGCCUCCCCCAAAGCACAAGCCCCCACAUGGUCACAACCUUGCCGAGGAGGUAGAGGAGAUGGACAAACGCAAGGGCGAGAAGCCACCACCGAAGCACAAGCCCCCACAUGGUCACAACCUUGCCGAGGAGGUAGAGGAGAUGGACAAACGCAAGGGCGAAAAGCCAUCCCCCAAACACAAGCCCCCACAUGGUCACAACCUAGCUGAGGAGGUCGAGGAGAUGGAUGAGCACAAGGGUGAGAAGCCACCGCCAAAACACAAGCCUCCACAUGGUCACAACCUUGCUGAGGAGGUUGAGGAGAUGGACAAACGCAAGGGUGAGAAGCCUCCACCAAAGCACAAGCCGCCACAUGGUCACAUGCUUGCCGAGGAGGUUGAGGAGAUGGACAAUCGCAAGGGUGAGAAGCCUCCACCAAAGCACAAGCCUCCACAUGGUCACAACCUUGCCGAGGAGGUCGACGAGGUUGACAAUCAUAAGGGUGAGAAGCCUCCGCCGAAGCACAAGCCCCCACAUGGUCACAUGUUGGCUGAGGAGACUGAGGAGUUGGACAAGCGCAAGGGUGAGAAGCCACCACCAAAGCAUAAGCCUCCACAUGGUCACAACCUAGCCGAGGAGGUCAAGCAGAUGGACAAGCCCAAGGGUAAGGGUGAGAAGCCUCCGCCAAAGCACAAGCCACCACAUGGUCACCUUCUCGCAGAAGAAGUUGAAGAUGCAUACAAGCCCCCUCGCAAAUUGAAGCCACCAACCCCUGAAAUGAAGCCAAAGGGUCCUCCUCACAAACCCCCCCACAAACCUCCGACUGACAAUUGAACAACGCCUCUCAGUCGAUCAUUAUAUCACAUAGAAUAAAGAGCCAAUCGGCCCUUAGAUCAUUUCGAGUCGUUGUUGGCUUAGUUUCACAUCAUCCAAAUCGCUCAUAUGCUGUCGUUCUACCACUCGGUUGUUGAGUCUUGUAUAUUAUGGAGAUCGGGUAAUCACCUACAAUUAUUAUCUUAUGUGAUGAGCUUUUACCUCCUAA